GCAGCAGCUCCGACGGUCCCAGGCGGACGAUUCGGCUGGUCCUCGCUAUCCUCGCAGCCCUUCUGCGUCCUCGACUGACCCAGCGCGCAACACACCAGUCGGCGCGCGAGGACUUGGCAGAAUAUUUCUCGCUUUUGUUCCCUAUAUAUCCCAUCCCAUCACGGCCACUGUUCGCUCGUUUCUGCUCUUUUGUUCUCGUGUUGUGUUUGCUCUUAUCUGUUCCGGUUCUGCGGAGGUAAAGCGAGAAUGGGCUCGGCAUAUUCGCGCUGGUUCGACAUACACGAUACCUUCGAUCCAGCAUGUCUCUACGUUACAUCACCAUUCCUGUCGCCGGCCUGGCUGACCUUUGUACGAAUCCUACUGGGACUUUACGCGCUCGCAGGAAACUGCUACAAUCUAGCGUAUACGACUAGCGUGCUGCAUCAAGGGAGCUCGUACUUCUCGUAUUUCACCCGCUUGUCAUGGAUUGGCGAUGCGUCAUACCUCCUAGCCGUCGGCGUACAGACGCUAUUCUAUACCAUACGUCUCCGCCGGGGUUUCGGGACACGCGCAUUACCGGCUCCGUCUAACAACGAGGUCAAGGAAGAACGAGGUUCUUCUGGUAGUCGCACCAGUGGCACUGGGACAACGGCCGAACAGGGUAUCGUAGAGCAAUCGACGAAGGCAGUACGCGGCAACGCAUACCCUCUGCAACAAUGGCCGAAAAUCCUGCAGUUCCUACACGUGCUGCUAUGGGGCACGUUCACCACUUUCCCCAUCAUCGUCACGGUCGUAUUUUGGUCUCUCCUCUCUGGCCCCACAGCAUUGAGCACCGUCAAUAAUGCUUGGGGCAACAUUUCCGGUCAUCUGCUCAACUCGGUCUUUGCACUCUUCGAGAUAUUCUUCACCAACGCUCCACCAGUGCCCUGGACCUACCUUCCCUUCCUCGUCAUUCUCCUAGCACUAUACAUGGGCGUUGCCUACAUCACGUUCGCAACACAACACUUCUACGUAUACGACUUCCUCGACCCCGGGAAACAGCACGCGCUCCUCGCAGCCUACAUCAUUGGCAUCGCUGUCGGUUGCUGCCUCAUCUUCUCCCUCGUCCGUGGCGUGAUCGUCCUUCGUCAGCGCCUCGCCCGCCGAUUUUUCCCGCGCCGCGCGGGUGGUGCGGCGUUUGGGGAUGACGCCGGUGUGCGCGCAGAAGGAAUUGACGAAUGGGAGACGGUGGAACACGAGGAUGCGUUGCAGAAAGGUGCGGAGGCGGUGUGAGGCAGAGUGACGGGUUCGGACCUGGGUGAAUGGUGUGUACAUAGGCUGCGAGGCUACGGCGGUUUCUGCAUCUUGAGUAUCGAUCCAUUGAGUAUGCCAGAUUUGCGUGCGCCCCAUCGGCGCAUUCAAUGGAAAGUUGGUUCAAUUCAAGUAUUUUAGACGACUGCAGCGCGCGACCAACGUCGAAGCAUGGGGCUGUGGGUGUGUGCAUGUGGAAUAUCGCAUGCG